UUGCAGGGACUGUUGGAAUUAACUCCCAAUUAUUACUCCUCAUUUUUGCCUUCUACAAUAUAACAGUAAACGGACAAUUCAGUUGGUGCGAGCAACGGCAGAGCUCAGCCUCUCUGCGAGGGAGAUGUGAAAAUAUGAGAAAGCACCGCUAGAUCUGCAGAAAAAAUGUAUGGAAACGUCAUAGCCUCUCUCAUAUUUGCCUUCCUCCUUUUGAUUUCAUGCUCAGUUUACAUCGGCACCGUCGAUCUUAGACCGUACUUCUUCCCUCUGCUACAGUCACCGCCGUAUGCACGCACUCUCUGUGCAAACGGACAGCCUCUCCGGGUCUACAUGUAUGAACUCCCGAGGAGGUUCCAUGUCGGGAUGAUUGAUCGCCGAAGCCCUGACGACAAACCGGUUACUGCUGUGAAUUUGCCUCCCUGGCCAUCGAAUUGGGGGCUGAAGAAGCAACACAGUGUGGAAUACUGGUUAAUGGCGUCGCUCUUUUAUGAAGGUGGUGGAGAGGAGAGAGAGGCGGUUAGGGUUAUGGAUCCAGAAAGCGCUGAUGCAUUCUUCGUGCCGUUUUUCUCGUCGCUGAGUUUUAAUAGUCACGGGCAUACCAUGACAGAUCCGGAGACGGAAAUUGAUCGCCAAUUGCAGGUUGAUUUAGUGGAAUUUUUGCACAAAUCUACAUACUGGCAGCGAUCUGGAGGCAGAGAUCAUGUCAUUCCCAUGACACAUCCAAAUGCUUUCAGAUUUCUACGGGACCAGGUGAAUGCAUCUAUUUUCUUUGUUGUAGAUUUUGGUCGCUAUCCAAGGAACAUGUCAAACCUCAGCAAAGAUGUGGUAUCACCUUAUGUACACGUUGUGGAGUCCUUCAUAGACGAUGACCUUCCUGAUCCAUUUGAGUCUCGUACCACGCUUCUUUUCUUCCGAGGGAAUACUGUCAGGAAGGAUGGGGGCAUAGUUCGGGCUAAAUUGACCAAGAUAUUAUCUGGUUAUGAUGAUGUUCAUUAUGAGAGGAGCUCUGCAACAUCGGAAACAAUAAAAGCGUCUACACAAGGAAUGCGCUCAUCAAAGUUCUGCCUAAACCCUGCUGGAGACACCCCUUCAUCUUGCCGUCUAUUUGAUUCUAUAGUUAGUCACUGUGUCCCUGUUAUCGUGAGUGAUAGAAUUGAGCUCCCUUAUGAGGAUGAAAUCGACUACAAACAGUUCUCAGUUUUCUUCUCUGUUAAGGAGGCAGAGGAACCUGGGUACAUUGUCAAUCAGCUCCGGAAAUUUCCAAAGGAGAGAUGGAUUGAAAUGUGGAGACGUCUUAAGAAUAUCUCCCAUCACUACGAAUUUCAAUAUCCACCGAAAAAAGAAGAUGCUGUUGAUAUGCUAUGGAGACAGGUAAAGCACAAGCUUCCUUGGGUCGAACUUUCUAUUCAUAGAAGCCAGCGAUUGAAAGUCCCAGACUGGUGGAGGAGAUGAUCUCUUGAACUGGCUUACGUGACGUCGUACAUUCACAACCUUAUCCAACCUUUUCAUACUGACAACCUAUGAGGGGAACCAUGAGAGGUGGUUAUAACCCCAAACAGAACUUCAACCAGCUUUUCUGAUUCAUUUCAUCUUAAAUUUGAUUUUACCCUUUCUUCCAUUCCACCUCCUUUAUCAAUACGGCGAAUCAGAUUCUUCGAUAGUUACAAAUACCUCAAUCCCAUCAUCUUCUCUGUACCAUAGUUACUGAUCCUUUUCCUUUCUUUUAGAAGGGUGCUCAACUGAGUUCUUGAUAAUGCAAUGGCAUCCUCGGCUGUUUACGCAGAGAGUUUAGAGAGGAGUUGCUUUUAAUCAGCUGUUUAUCUUCUCUCUUCUUUUUUCCACAAAGUUUACUCAAUAGACAAGUCAUCAAAUACAGAAAACUCUAGAGCAGCUAACCCUUGUCUUUCUACUUGGCUUAUGUUUCAUAUGAAUGGCAAUUGCUUUUGCUGCUAUGUUCUUGCCAAGCCGUUUCAAACAGAAGUUUUUGCUCAGUUGUAUGCAAGUGGUGUGUUUAUGGA